AUGGAUGGUGCAAGGCAACCUCUUCCACUUACCAUUGUUUAUAAUCGUUUGCAGCCUAUUAAUUCCUCUCCCUAUGCGUUUCUUCAAGCCUUAUUCUUCCCUGAGUAUCCCGUUGGUCUGCUUGAUGUAGAAAAGAUAUUACCACCUGGGAGAGACUUAACAGCUGUUAGCAUCUGUAGUUUUAACAAUGGAGUUCCUGAAAUCAAAUCCUGCCAAGAUCUUCCUUACUUCUUAUCAGAGAUGACUAAGGACAAGAUAAUUAUGGACCUUACGGAGACUACCAGUGUCAUAUUCUGGGGCAGUGUAAUCAUGGGAUGUUUGUCUGUUGGCAUCCUUGGCUUUGCUGCUGUCAAGGUCUGGAAUAGAUGGAAACUGCGGCACCAUGAAAGAGAACAGCAACAGAGACCAGAGAAACACGUGGUUGCUGAUGAGACAGAAGAUGAAGAUGAUAUUCCGGAUGGAGCUCUGUGUGUGUGCGCCUUGACCGUGGAACGUGAGGUUAACCCUAAGUGUCCUGUUUGUCUCCAGAGCAUUAGAGGAUCUAUGCUCGUAUACUAUGAAUGUUAA